AUGCCGAUUCCUACGACAACCCGCGAAUACCGUCUCCACAAGACGGAUUCAUUCCAGAGUCUCGUUAUCCAGGAAGCUCCAGUCCGCCCGCCCAAGUCAUCGGAGGUACUCGUGAAGAUCCAUGCCGUUUCCUUACAGCACCGUGACCUUGCGCUCUCGACAGGCAAGUACUCGUUCCCCCACAAGGAGAACGUAGUGCCCUGCUCCGACAUGGCCGGCGAGAUCCUCGCCGUCGGCGAUGAAGUCAAAGGGUGGAACGUGGGCGACCGCGUCUGCGCCAACUUCUCGCUCGACCAUCUGUAUGGUCCCGUCACGAUCGACACGCAGAUGACUGCGCUCGGUGCACCCAUUGAUGGCGUCCUCACGGAGUACAGGCUAUUCCCCGCCCACUCGCUGGUGCGAAUCCCGGAGCACCUGUCCUAUGAGGAGGCGUCGACCUUGCCAUGCGCCGGCCUUACUGCGUACAACGCUCUGUUCGGCGGCUUCUCGGUGAAGGGUGGCGACACGGUCCUCAUCCAAGGCACCGGCGGUGUCUCGAUCUUUGGCCUGCAAUUCGCCGUUGCGUCCGGCGUAACCGCCAUUGUGACCUCAUCCUCGGACGAGAAGCUCAAGAUCGCAGCCCAGCUCGGUGCGAAGCAUCUCAUCAACUACAAAAAGACACCGGACUGGGAAAAGGAGGUCCUGAAGAUCACGAACGGCGAGGGUGUCAACCACAUCAUCGAAGUUGGGGGCGAAGGAACGAUGGUAAAAUCCGCACAGUGCAUCGCGUCCGGCGGGAGCAUCGACCUCAUUGGGUUGCUCGCUGGAAGAGCGGACGUAUCGUCGGUGCCCAUCAUGCUCCUCAGGCGCUGCGCCAUGAUGCGGGGGCUUAUCGUCGGUUCGCGCUCCCAGUUUGAAGCAAUGAAUCGCUUCAUUGCUGCCAUUGGGUUGAAGCCCGUUGUCAACAAGGUGUUCCCGUUCGAACAAGCGCGGGAGGCGUAUGCGUAUCUCGAGAGCCAGAAGCACAUUGGGAAGGUGGUCAUCAAGGUCUCGAAGGAUUGA